UAGGGGUGGGGUGCAAAUGAAGGACCUGGAACCAUCGGUGUGUGUGAACAAGUGUUAAUCCCUGGAUGAAGUGUAUACACACUCAAGAGGUGCCAAGAAAGAGUGGAUGUUGGAUCUCGAGCAGAUAUAAUCACUCCUCAAUCCUAUAAACAGAGGUAUCAUAUGGAAUAUGCUUUCAGCUCUGAGACUUGCCACUUUAAGAACCUCUGGUAUAUCUACUAUAGCUGGAAAUACAAGCUCUAAAGUAAAUACGAAAAUUAACGUCUUUUCGUAAAGAAGUGACAGUCAUCUGGCAAGCUGAUGGCACUCGGACAGAGUCAGCUGACUGCCACACUGCUAACCUCUGUGGUGGCGGCAGUGUUUGGCUCGCUGCAGAUCGGAUACCACACCGGCAAUGUCAACUCUCCAGCCAGAAUCAUUGAAGACUUCUUCAAUGUGACAUGGAAAUCAAGACACAAUCAGACCAUGCCAGACCACAGUUUGACAUUUCUCUGGGCUCUCUCAGUCAGUAUCAAGGACUUUGGAGCCCUGCUGGGGUCACUGGGUGUCAAAGGCCUGGCUGAUUCCUAUGGGAGGAGAAAUGCCAUUCUCAUAGCAAACACUUUGUCUAUAGCAGGCGCCUGUCUGAUGUUCCUAAGCAAAGCAGCUGAAUCUUUUGAACUUCUUAUUGUGGGCCGUUUCAUUUUUGGCCUUUUCUGUGGUCUGGUGAUGAGUCUGAACCCGCUGUAUAUCCAGGGUGUGUCCCCGAUUAACCUCCGUGGUGCCUUUGCAACUCUCAACCAGGUUUCUUUUGCCUCUGGCAUUUUCCUGGGCAUGGUGGUGGGCUUAGAAACAGUCCUGGGCACACAGAAGUACUGGGCGUUUAUGCUGUCUCUGUCCCUUAUUCCAGCUGCUCUUCAGUAUAUAAUCUUGCCUUUUUGCCCUGAGAGCCCACGGUAUUUUUUCAUCAACUGUGGCAAGGAGCAAGAAGCAGAAGCUGCUUUAAGAAGGUUAAGAGGAAAUCCUGACAAGGUGACAAAGGAAAUGGAUGAGAUGAGAGAGGAAGCGUCAAACAGUGAAGCAAGAGUAACUAUCAGGGAAUUCUUCAUCAAACACUGCUACAGACAGCCCAUAAUACUUGUUCUAAUCAUAAACCUGGGCAGCCAGUUAUCCGGAUUCAACGCGAUCAUAAAUUAUUCAACAAAAAUAUUUACCAAGGCCAAGUUUGAAGACGCAAAAUAUCUGACACUUGGAGUGGGAGCUAUCAACGUGGCAUUCACCAUCGUGUCUUUGUUCCUGGUGGAGAGGGCUGGGCGCAGGAAGCUGCUCCUCACUGGCUUCCUAUUGGUAGCUUUUUGUAAUUUACUUAUGACCAUCACAGACUCCUUGCUGGACAUUGUCCCGAACGUUCGUGGCAUUCAGGUGCUUGUGGUGUUUAUCCUGAUCUCAGCAUAUGAGCUGGGUCCAGGGCCCAUCUCUUGGUUCAUUGGUGCUGAGCUGUUUGACCAGCCAGCCCGACCCAUAGCCAUGGCUUUCACCAGCAUGCUUAACUGGGGAGGAAAAUUCCUGCUAGCCCUCCUUUUCCCACCACUAUUGCACCUGUGUGGAGCUUACGUCUACCUCCUCUUCAUGUCCAUGGCUUUGAUGGCAUUUACUUACACAAUGUUUCGCCUCCCGGAAACAAAGGGCCGAACUUUUGAUGAUAUUGCUGCCGAGUUUCGCGGGGCUGAGAGCAUUCCCUUGCAUAACAAAACAAGUUUCAAUACUUUCACAUGAACAAGAAGUCACUAUAAUAUGGCUCCUCUGGCUCAGGCACAGACAAGACCACACUGAAGCUCAAAAAAGUUAUUUUUGAUUAGUCCAUGACUGAACAUUAACAAUUGUAAUAUCUUAUUUUUACUACCUAUUACUGAGUUCAGUGCAGUCCAGAGUGUUCAGGAUAUGUGUAAAUUAACCAAGAACAGAUAAUAAUGUAAACAUAUUGUUCUACAAUUAAGAAUAAAAUAUAACAUUCACUCACCUGCAUUUACUCACUAGUCUGAUACAGAUUUUUAUGCAUCCAUUUUACAGAGACCCAUGAACAACGUCACUAAUAAACAGGGCACACCGCUUAGAGUUAAUUGUUUAUGAAAUCUGACAUUUGUCUUGCUUACAGCAGUUGUCCAAGUUUAAUAAACCAUGGCACCUCUUAGAAACAGAACAGGACUGUGAGUCGACAAGACUCCUUAAUAAUAACAAUAAUUCCGUACAGGAGCAAGAGGUAGAAGAGUUCAUGUUCAGAUGUUUGGCACUGAUAUGUGCAGUAAACAGUAUUGCUUUUUAAAAUGUUUAAAAUGUGACCCACACUGGCUUUUUUAUUGUGCUUACUAAGAUGCAAGAAUAGAAUAAGACAAUAGUUCUUUUGACCAUUAUAAGUCGAGAUUGAUUGGGGUUUUAUGAUUGGCGAUGAAAUCUCCAUUUUCAUUUGUUCAUUUGGUAUUCAUUAGACAGGAAACAGUCCAAGCAUAGAGCAUAGAGUGUUAUUGGAUCUGAGCCUUCUUUCUUUCUUUCUUUCUUUCUUUGUUUCUUUCUUUAUGUAUUUAAAAGGGACAAUGUGUGUUAAUCAACAUCAAUAUUUAUGAUGUAAAUGUCAGAUUUAGGUUAUCUGCUGUCCCUGUACAUAAAAAAGAACAAAUAACACAGAAAAACGUGGUUACAGAACUCAUAAAAGUAACACAUAAAACAGCUACACUAGACAUGUACAUAUGAAAGAUUUGGCAAGUAUUUUGCUACAACAUUGCAGCCGUUGCGUUAGAACCAGCUGGGAAUGCGACCCAUGAUACAAUCCUAAUUUAUGUGAGCAUUAUAAACAUGCUCCAGUAUAUAACUAAACAUGUUGGCACUCCUGACUUUCCAACAACCAUAGUUUACAUUUUUGAGAAUAAUCCAACAUUUUAAAAUCUCUUAAAUCCACAGGAAGUUCAUUCCAAUGUGAUGCACAGAAAGAAAAUAUGGUCUAGAUAUAUAGAAAAUACUGUAUACACUCUUCCUUAAUACUAUUGUACAAUCACCUCUUGUAACAGCCCUAGUUGACCUAUUUAUGAUUUUAUAUAUAAAUUCUUCAAACAAUGGAGGAGCCGGACUAUUUGCAUUUUUGAAAACUAAUAGUGCAUUUCAGAAUUAUAUUUAAUUUUCCAAGAUUAAAAAUCCAUACCUCAUUUGUUUCUUAUACAUGUCUUCUACUUGAUUAGGUGCUACAGCUGCAUUACAUAACAGCCUUACGCCUUUUAAAAUCGGUUUCCAGGAAACAAAGAGAAGAAGAAAGAGAUAGAAGACUGACCUAAUGCUUUGACGUAUCUUUCUAACAGUUUAUCUCCCCACAUGCACAGUGUCUUAAUUAAAAACAGCAUGGUCAACAUGGAGCCAGUUACUUCAGCCAAGUUACACCAGUGAAGGUCUCUCACAAAGAAGCUACCCUUACAGAGACUGUGUGAAUAAUCAAGAUUCAAGAUUCAUAGGUUUAUUUGUCACAUGCACUUUUGUAGCAGGUACAAAGGUGUGUGCAUCGCAGACUGUGCAUAGCAACAACAAUAAAUAGACUAUACAGACAAUAUAACAAUGGGUAUAGCGACGAGGAAGAGUGCAGACAGAACAAGAGCAUACAGAAAAUACAUGAGUAUGUGUAUGUAUUUACUAUGUAUGUAUGUAUUUAUGUAUGU